UCGGCUCCGCCUUCUGGUUUCCUCAUGUCUUUCCUGUGUGUAUGAGUACGGCUGUGUCUAUUGUAGGGGUGCAUUAUAUAAUAGUUUCUCAACAUAAUAGCCUCCAAGCCCUAAUAGUAAGAAAGGCUGUAACUAAAAGGGGGUAGAGACCCUUCCCCACAGACCCUCCCCCCCCUGACCCAUACCCAACACCCAACCAUGGUGGAGACUCUACAGAAGGGAAAGGGAAAGUUGCUGGUUUCCAAUAGCCUGGAUGCAAAAGAUGAACUAGAGGAGAAAUUUGAGAGAUGUAUGAGUAUGGUGACAUCCUUGAUAAAUGGACUGUCAGAGAGAGAGGCUAAUGAUGCAUUGACUGCCUUUGUAUGUAAAGGACCACUGCAGCAUGAAGAGACUUGUUUGGGCCUAUUAACCAUUAUCCUUCUAGAUCCUAGUCAAGCACAAAAGUGUUACAGAGAUUUGGCAUUGGUUAGCCGUGAUGGCAUGAACAUUAUUUUAAUGAAGAUUAAUCAUAUCUUAAUGGAAAAGUAUUUAAAGCUUCAAGACACUGCUCGUUCACAGUUAGUAUGGCUUGUACGGGAACUGGUGAAAAGUGCAGUACUUGGAGCAGAUGGUGUGUGUAUGACACUAAUGAAACAGAUCGCUGGAGGGGAUGUGACACAAAAGAAUAUCUGGCUGGCAGAGUCUGUUCUCGAUAUACUGAUUGACCAGAGGGACUGGGUUCUAAAAAGUGGUCUUCUAAUUGCUAUGGCGGUAUACACAUACCUAAGACUAAUUGUGGAUCACCAUGGGACACCACAGCUGUUGGCCCUUCGACAGAAAGAAGUAGAGUUUUGUAAUACACUUCUCAGAGAGAAGUUCAUGGACUGUUUUAUGAUUGGUCGUGACCUAGUUCGUCUGUUACAAAAUGUUGCCAGAAUCCCAGAGUUUGAAUUGCUUUGGAAGGAUCUACUUCACAAUCCUCCGGCUCUCAGCCCCCAAUUCACAGGUAUUCUCCAGUUACUUCAGUCUAGAACCUCACGAAAGUUCCUGGCAUGUCGUCUAACUCCAGACAUGGAGACAAAAUUGCUCUUCAUGACCUCUCGGGUGCGGUUUGGUCAGCAGAAGAGAUACCAAGACUGGUUUCAAAAACAGUACCUCUCUACACCCGAUAGUCAGUCCCUUCGGUGUGACUUGAUCCGCUACAUAUGUGGGGUUGUUCAUCCAUCCAAUGAAGUUCUCAGUUCUGAUAUCCUCCCACGCUGGGCCAUCAUUGGUUGGCUUUUAACAACAUGCACUUCUAACGUCGCAGCUUCUAAUGCCAAGCUUGCCCUUUUCUAUGAUUGGUUGUUCUUCAGUCCAGAGAAGGAUAGCAUCAUGAACAUAGAGCCUGCAAUCCUAGUUAUGCAUCAUUCAAUGAAACCUCAUCCAGCCAUCACUGCCACACUCCUGGACUUCAUGUGUCGGAUAAUUCCUCAUUUUUGUCCGGCUUUGGAGAGUCAUGUUCGGCAAGGUGUUGUAAAUUCUCUCACCUUUAUUGUGGAAAAAAGAGUUCUCGCGUUUUCAGCAGCUGCUUUGGUUUCUUCCAACAUGCUAAAGACAUACAGGCAUUUAUCACCUCUGUUUGACAAUCCCAAAUUGGACAAGGAACUACGUGCAAUGCUCAGGGACAAAUUUCCAGAAUUCUGUAGUUCUCCAUCCCCUCCAGUAGAAGUUAAAGUAGAAGAGGCAGUUUCUUUGGAAAUGGAAAAUUCCAUAAUCGAUAAGGAAGACAAUUGCUAUGACAGCACAGAAGCGGCAUUCAGUGAUGAUGAGGAAGAGCUGAAUAAUAAAGGUAAAAAGAGAGAGUUCAGGUUUCAUCCAAUCAAAGAAACUAUUAUUGAGGAGCCAGCAGACAUCACACCUUAUCUGGAUCAGUUAGACGAGUCUUUGAAGGAUAAGGUGUUACUACUGCAGAAAGCCAGUGAUAUGGAGGCACAGUGUCAGAUGAUGCAGGAUAUCGUGGAUCAGAUACUAGAGGAUGACUUUGAUUCUGAUCAGCUGUCCACAGUUGCAUCUUGUCUGCAGGAACUGUUCAAGGCUCACUUUCAUGGUGAGGUUUUACCUGAAGAAAUCACAGAAGAGUCCUUGGAGGAAUCGGUAGGAAAGCCUCUCUAUUUAAUAUUUAGGAAUUUGUGUCAGAUGCAGGAGGAUAAUAGUGGCUUUUCAUUGCUUUUGGACUUGCUAUCUGAACUGUAUCAGAAGCAGCCAAAAAUUGGCUACCACCUUCUCUACUACUUAAAAGCCAGUAAAGCAGCAGCAGGAAAGAUGAGUCUGUACGAGUCAUUUGCUCAGUCCACCCAGUUAGGUGACCUCCACACCUGUCUCAUGAUGGACAUGAAGGCUUGUCAGGAAGAUGACGUCCGAUUACUCUGUUACCUUACUCCUUCUAUCUACACAGAGUUUCCUGAUGAGACGUUGCGUAGUGGAGAACUCCUGAACAUGAUUGUAGCUGUCAUAGACUCCUCACAGCUCCAAGAACUGGUUUGUCAGGUGAUGAUGGGAAAUCUUACCAUGUUUCGUAAAGACUCCGUCCUGAACAUCUUAAUUCAGAGUCUGGACUGGGAGACGUUUGAACAGUAUUGCACGUGGCAGCUCUUUCUUGCUCACAGCAUCCCUUUAGAAACCAUCAUUCCUAUUCUUCAGCACCUCAAGUACAAAGAACAUCCAGAAGCCCUUUCCUGCUUGCUGCUUCAGCUAAGGAGGGAAAAACCAACGGAAGAAAUGGUAAAGAUGGUCCUAAGCCGCCCUUGUCACCCGGAUGACCACUUUACCACAAGCAUUCUUCGAUAUUGGUGCAUGAAACAUGAUGACCAGCUGUCUGAGCACAUCAAGUCUUUGCUGAUUAAGAACAACAGCCUGCCUAGAAAACGACAGAGUUUGCGCAGUUCAAGCAGUAAAUUGGCACAGUUGACUUUGGAGCAGAUUCUGGAACACUUGGACAACUUGAGACUAAAUCUUACCAACACAAAACAGAACUUUUUUGGCCAGACACCGAUUCUUCAAGCACUACAGCAUGUGCAGGCCAGCUGUGAUGAAGCUCACAAGAUGAGGUUCAGUGAUCUUUUUGCUUUAGCAGAAGACUAUGAGGAUUGCUCUAAACCUUCAAAAAACAGGCGCAAGGGUGCCGCCUCAAGUCCACGGAGUAGGAAGAAUGCUGCCCAGCCUAUAAAUACUGAAGAAGAAUCUGGCUCCUCCAGUGCUUCCGAGGAAGAAGACACCAAACCUAAAGCUACCAAGCGGAAACGAAAGGGGUCUUCAGCUGUAGGUUCAGACAGUGACUGAGAGGCAUAGCCUCACUUUUCCAGUUUCUUCUUUCUGUGCCACAACCAGGACUUAAUCACUGAAAAAAGUGCCAGGCUCAACAGCGGAUGAGUCAGUUCACCAACACAUGGGCAGGAAAGCAGUAUCUUCCUUUUGUUUGAGUCUGCUUCCUCUUCACCCCAAUGGAGAUCCUAAUGGAAAAACGGAAGACCACUAUACCUGUAAAUGGACAGAGGCUCAGCUUCCGCAUUCAGCACUGCUUCCUGUAAAAAAAACAAAAAAAAAAAACAGUCUGGUCACAAAUAAUUAUUUAUAUAGAGAACUUAUUUACUUAUUUUAAAAAAAAGUUUAUAAACUUUUCUUAAAAUUCCAUGACACACACUGUUUUUUAAUGACAAUGUUUCUUUAAUGGGGUUCUUACAAGAUAUUGUGCCUUUUUAAGUAAGGGUAAAAAUGAUUAUACUGUACCUGUAGCAUUUAAAAAAAUGCAUCUUGACCUACUGAAAACGAAAUGGUGUUUGAUAAUGCAAGAAUGUUUUGUUUUUAAAGUAAAAGGGAUUUGUUUAAAAAGCCUGCUAUUUUCAUACACUGUUGUAAAUAAAUAGGCACACUAUCUGGUGUGAGGAAUA